AUGGGUGCUGGCUUGUGGGCUGCUGCCCUCUUGGGGAGUGCCUCAAUUGCUCAAGCAACUACCUCUUUGGACGACGUUUGCACUGUCUCCUACGUGAAGAAAUCACUUCCAGCCGAUGAUUUUAUCUCCGGCAUUGCUGUUGACUCCAGCUCGGUCACUGCGCAGCCCUUCACGAAUGUAAAGAUUGCCAGCGCCAACUUCUACCCUGACGCGACGAUUGAUUUCUGCAAUGUCACCUUUGCCUACACCCACUCCGGGCGAAAUGACCGAGUGCUUGUCAACUACUGGCUUCCACCCCCAUCAAAAUUUGCCAAUCGUUUCCUUGCAACUGGAGGAGGUGGCUAUGCCAUCAAUUCUGGUACCACUACCUCUGGUUCUCUCCCUGGAGGAGUCAUGUAUGGCGCCGUCGCUGGCCUGACGGAUGGUGGAUUUGGAAGCCUCGAGACCCAAGUCUCGAAUGUGAUCUUGAAAGAGAAUGGCACCAUCAACUACGACGCUCUUUUCAUGUUUGGAUACGAGGGAAUACAUGAGAUGACAGUUCUGGGCAAAGAGCUCACCCAACUUUUCUACAAGACUUCGGAUACCAAGCUGUAUUCCUAUUAUCAAGGCUGCUCUGAGGGCGGCCGUGAGGGAAUGAGCCAACUUCAAAGAUAUCCAGACCAGUUUGACGGAUAUAUUGUGGGUGCCCCUGCUUUCCGAUAUGCCUUCCAGCAAGUCCAGCAUCUUUGGGCUGGACUCCAGCAGAAAAACCUGGACUACUACCCCUCGUCCUGUGAAUACUCUAAGAUCAUGAACGAAACGAUUGCCGCCUGUGAUGGCCUCGAUGGCAAAAAGGAUGGGGUUGUCGGCCGCUCCGACCUAUGCAAGAUGCACUUUGACCUCGACAGCAUUGUUGGCGAGUCAUACAGCUGCCCCGCAAACUUUACCAUCAAUGUCGAGUAUGGUCCGGGUGGUGGUUUCCCUUUUUUCGUAUCUAUUCCUCCUCAAAAGGGCAAGGUGUCUCAAAAGGCCGUGGAUGUGAUGAAGAACACCCUCAAUGGGCCACACGACUCUAAGGGUCGCAGAAUGUAUUUCUCCUACCAGCCUGGAGCUUACAUUGACGAUUCAGCAACGCAAUACAACCCCAAAACUGGUGAAUGGGAACUCGAUGUUAGCUCGCUUGGCGGCGAGUUUGUCACUAUGUUCCUUCAGCUCGUCGAGCUGGACAACCUUCCGUCCCUGGAUGGAGUCACGGCCGACACCUUGAAGGAAUGGAUCUACCAAGCCUGGUGGAAGUAUGAGGACACCCUGCAGACUACUUGGCCCGACCUCACCGACCUCCAAGAGGCAGGUGCGAAGGUCCUUCAUUUUCACGGGGAGCAGGAUGAUUCGAUUCCUUCUGCCUCGUCGGUGCGCUACUACGAGUCAGUUCGCAACGUCAUGUACCCUGAUCUCGGUGAGAGUGAUAGUUACGAAAAGCUCGGCGAGUGGUACAAAUUUUUCCUGGUUCAGGGUGCCGCUCAUUGCUCACCGAAUGUGGCCCAGCCUAAUGGACCAUUCCCCCAGACCAAUCUGGAGGUGUUGAUUGACUGGGUUGAGAAAGGUAACGCCCCAACGACACUGGAGGGAACUAUAAUCCAGGGCGAGAAUGCUGGCAAGAAACAGGACAUCUGCGCCUGGCCUCUUCGCCCAAAGUGGUCAUCCAACAGGGCUCAAAAUCCUCAGUGCGUCCACGACCAGCAGUCUGUUGACACCUGGCUGUACGACCUGAACGCUUUCAAGUUGCCUGUAUACUAA